AUAGAGUGCGCCGUGCGUCUCUAUAAGCCAAUGACAGCGCGCGAGCUCUUUCUGUGCCGUCAGUCAGCGGGAGGCUGGAUACUAACGUUACAUGUUUUUAAAAAAGCGUGAAAUGUUCUGAGUAUUGCACGCGAAUUCUUCGGAUGCCACCAAACAGUGAACCAGCAUACUCCAAUCAAGAGCUCAAUGAGUAAUGAACCCAUUUUGGAGCAUGUCGACAAACGCUGGUCGUAAGAGAUCUGAUGGUGAGGAGCAGGGUGGCCAAGGGGAGCAGAGAUCCAGUCCAGCUCGUCCUUCGUUUGGUAAAAAGCAGCUUCCUUCCAUCCCAAAGAAUGCCGUCCCCAUUACUAAAGCCGCCUCGCCCGCCUCCUCUACACAGUCUGCCAACGGCACCCAUGCCUCAUAUGGCCCUUUUUACCUGGAGUACUCGCUGCUCGCUGAGUUCACAUUGGUGAUCAAGCAGAAGCUCCCUGGCAUAUAUGUACAGCCUUCAUACAGAUCAGCACUAAUGUGGUUUGGUGUAAUUUUCAUUCGACAUGGCUUGUACCAAGAUGGUGUGUUCAAGUUCACAGUCUACAUUCCUGAUAACUACCCAGAUGGAGACUGUCCUAGGGUUGUGUUCGACACCCCAGUUUUCCACCCACUAGUGGACCCGGUCUCUGGAGAGCUGGAUGUGAGGAGAGCUUUCACCAAAUGGAGGCGAAACCACAAUCAUAUCUGGCAGGUCCUUAUGUACGCCCGCACAAUCUUCUAUAAGAUCAACACCAUGGAUCCACUCAACCCAGAGGCUGCAGUGCUGUAUGACAAAGACAUCCAGCUCUUCAAAAGCAAAGCGGUAGACAGUGUCAAGCUAUGCAAUAGUCACCUGUUUGAUCAGCCCAAGAUAGAUGACCCUUAUGCAAUAAGCUUCUCUCCGUGGAAUCCAGCGGUGCAUGAAGAGGCAAAAGAGAAGAUGUUUGCACAUAAAGUGAGUGUGUGACGCUCCCCUGACUGCUCCCCACAACCAACGGCGGCCAGAGGAUUAUAACAAGGGACUGCCGGUGUCUGGGCUGUCUUGGGUGAAGCCUGGUUCCACUCAGCCCUUCAGCAAAGAGGACAACCCCCUUCAGACGUGAACAUUCAUCCCUUCAGUCUGUCCACCAGGAGGGGCGCUACGCUACUGUGGCUGCAUCGAACCACAUGUAUAGAAUUCUGAUGCAGUUCUAUGAACUUCAU